AUGCAGGUGGUCUUGUCCAGCACCGUGAGUGUAGAUGGCCACGUCCUGGCAGUGUCUGACAACAUGUUUGUCCACAACAACUCUAAGCACGGCCGAAGGGCCCGCAGACUGGAGCCCGGCGAGUCUGUGGAGAAUACUAUGGAAUAUGCCACCCCGUGCAUCAAAGCCAUUAGUCCCAGUGAGGGCUGGACCACCGGCGGGGCGAUGGUCAUCGUCAUUGGGGAGAACUUUUUUGACGGCCUGCAGGUGGUGUUUGGCAGCAUGCUGGUGUGGAGUGAGGUAGGAAUUGUCUUCAAAGCAUCUCACUGAUGAUGGUACACUGAUCACGCCAUCCGUGUCCAGACGCCUCCUCGACACAUCCCCGGGGUCGUGGAGGUCACACUGUCUUAUAAAUCCAAACAAUUCUGCAAGGGAGCACCUGGACGCUUCAUUUACACAGCCCUAAAUGAGCCCACUAUAGACUAUGGCUUCCAGCGACUUCAAAAGGUCCUUCCUCGACAUCCUGGUGACCCGGAGAAAUUAGCCAAGGAGAUUCUCCUAAAGAGAACAGCAGAUCUUGUGGAGGCCCUCUACGGAAAUCCACACAGUAAUCAGGUAAAUGGAAGCAGACAUGCAGCAGACAUCGCCGAGGCGCUCUACAGUGUUCCUCGUCCUCACAGUCAGCUGCAGGCGCUGCCCAGCUCACCGGCCCACGGCAGUGUCAUGGGCCUGGGCUCAUAUCCUUCUCAGUUAGGCGUCAGCAUCGGGGAGCACGGACAGAGCAGCCAAGAACUGACCCGACCUUUUCAUUGUUACAUCAGAAAUUCCAGCAGUUUGUCUCCAAGGGGUUACCCAUCAGCCUCCACUCCUCAGCACUCAAGUUACGGGGGCGGCGGAGGGAUGACUGGAGGCUAUGGGACAGUUCCCAUGACCAGUCUAGGAGUCCCUGGCUCUCCUGGUUUCAGCAGUGCCUCCCCCACCGGCUCUCCCUACAUAAUGCCGUCCAGCCCCACCAUACCAGGGAGCUCCAGCUCUUCAUCGUCCCUCUUGCCUUUCUCCUCCUUCCCGUCUGCUGCUAAACAGAAGAGUGCUUUUGCCCCCGUCCUCAGGCCCCAGGGCUCUCCCUCCCCUGCCUGCCCCGCCACAGGGGGGAACAGCUUCAGAGCGAUGAUGGGCCUGGUUGUUCCCCCGAUGUAAGCAAAGCACCCACACCAAGCUACCCCAGACCACUGCUUCACUUAGCCCCUUUUUGGCAUUUCGAGGGAAGGGAGAACGGAAAAUGUAUCACUUUUGAUCACCGUUUUAAACUUUCCCUCCCGAGCCCCCCCCCCCCCCC